AUGAGCGAAAAGUUCUUGUGUCCUGUGGCCCGAGGCAUGAAAAAGCUUGAUAGAGACUUUUUUAAAAAGGAUGUAAAUCUACUCAUUGCCAAAUUUUCUAACCCUAAGGCUAUUGGUGAAUUUGUCAGAAUCUGCAAGAAUUAUGUAUUGAAUGUUCCGCAUUUAAAGCAUAUUAUCACUUUCGAAAAUACGAAGGCUGUCAUUUUCAAGGAUGAUAUCGAUGAUAUAAACACGUACAGAAAGAAACUUCCUCAAAACGUGCUCGAUUUCAUCGAUCAUCACAACAUUCAAAUACUCCCGUACAAGUUAGUUCUAGACUAUAGCUUCUGGAAGGCCGAUGACAUUCUUCAAGCAAUUUUACCAGAGAGCUUAUUGUCAGAGAGUCCCUCUGGAUACGCCCAAGCCGGGCAUAUUGCACAUAUGAAUCUCCGUAAUGAGUUUAAGCCUUACGGUGCAAUAAUUGGACAGAUUAUCCUUGACAAAAAUCCAACAAUAAAAACCGUUGUUGAUAAGCUUGAUACCAUCAGUAAUGAAUACAGAGUAUUUGACAUGAAGCUUUUGGCUGGUGAAAAUAACUUCAUUACUGAGCAACACGAAAGUGGUUGUAGGUUUAGGUUUGAUUUCAGCAAAACUUUUUGGAAUUCUCGUCUAAGUACGGAACAUGAAAGACUAAUUGCAUCUUUCAAACAAGGAGAAGUUGUGGGAGACGUUUUUGCCGGAGUAGGACCGUUCUCUGUCCCAGCUGGUAAGAAGGGUGUAAUCGUCCUUGCAAAUGACUUGAACCCUGAAUCGCAUAAAUAUCUUGUCGAGAAUGCGAAGCUCAACAAUGUGCUGGGAUCCAUAAAGAGCUUCAAUUUGGAUGGACGCGAAUUCAUAAGACAAUCUCCAAGAUUUUUGAUGGAAUGGAAAAACAAAGUUGGAAGCAUCGAUUUGGCCAAGAAUAUCAAGAGAAGAAGACUCCUUCCUGAAUCAAAAAAACUGCACUUGAGAGAAGACGUUGUUGAAGCCGUUCCUAUCCCCAAUUUUAUAUCACAUUAUGUUAUGAAUUUACCCGGAACCUCCCUUGAGUACUUGAAUGAGUUUGUUGGAUUAUAUUCGCGUGAUUCAGAAGUCUUGAAACUAGUAAAUAGUGAUGACACGUUCAAAUUACCGAUUGUUAGUGUUCAUUGCUUCGAAAAGUUCAGCCCAGAUGAACCAGAACCAUCAUCUCGUGAGCUUCAUGAAAGAGUACAUGCUCGCAUAGUCAAAGAGAUUGGUUUCCCCUUGCCUAUAGAGAGCUUCAAUUUUCACUUGGUACGCAAGGUUGCACCCACAAAACCGAUGUUUUGUGUCACAUUUCAGCUACCCGAAGAUGUGGUUUUCAAAAAAUGA